GCACACCUGUGUUGCCCAGUGGUUUACCACCGGAGUCCGUGGUGGACAAGCUUUCCGAACAAUGUGAUUUCUCUUGCGUGUCCUGUGUGUUUGUGUGAAUGCACGAGCGCAGGGCAGUUAUCCGGUAGGGUAGGUUAUCAAUCAAUCAAUACAAGAAAUGUAGCGCGAUGGGCGAUUAUGGAAAUUGGCAGCAACGGCUUUCAUUCCUUCUGGCUGCCUUUCUGUCUGCCCUAGCACUGAUAGGUCAUGUGCGAGCUGGAGAGGCACUACGAUGAUGGUGGGCUUCAUUACGCUAGUUCUUCGCCAGGACAUCUUGGGAAUGACGGAAGCUCAGGAGAGUUUCGAGACGGUUGGGUGGAAGGAGGCAGGAAGCAGAGGCGGUGGGGAAUCGCCAGGCAAUGGCGUUCAUCCUCCUCCUCCUCGUCCUGCCUCUCCCGCGGAGGAAGCGUUCAAGGAAGAUGCUAUGGAGUUGCCCGAUCUGUGGAUGGACGGGUUCGACGACAUAUUCGGGGAUACGGCGGAUGCAAAUGGGAUUGCGGAUCAUGGAGCGGGAAUGGUGAGAAGGGGUGGUGGAGGCGACGCGGAAGAAAGCGACGGUGGGGAGGGAGGACGGGGGAUAGAGGCUAAUGACGAGUUUCUGCGUCUCAGAAGGUUGCUGGAGGACGGCGGUGGCGGCGGCGGCGCGGAGAAUGGCGUUGGCGGCGUUGUGCCUUAUCGGAUAUCGAUGGACGCGGGGGGGGGGAUGCGGGAUCAGGAUCCGGGGAAUGGCAGCGAGGGCGGCGUCGUGCCUUAUCGGGUAUCGAUGGAGGCGGGGGGUGGGAUGCGGGAUCGCGAUCCGGGGAAUGGCAGCGGGGGCGGAAAUGCCAAUGGUGUCGGGGAGGGCGGGCGAUCCGUGUCGCCGGCUGCUGGCGGGGUACUCGCGGGGGUGAGGCGAAUGGUUGGCGGCGGAGGGCACCGCUCCCGAUCUCCGCGCCCGCUGCCAGCGGGUGGGGGCAAAGAGGACGGGACUUCGCGCGAGGGGCAGCUGGCGAUGACUCGCGGGCGAAAGCAGAGCAGAGGGGAGGAACUGCUGCGUGGGCCUGGCGAUGGAGAACGGGGGCACGUGGGCGCAGUGGCAAUGCGGAGAACUGCAGCUUUGGCGGAAAAGGGUGCGAGGCAGCAGCAGCAGCAGCGGCAGACACAGAGGGAGCCGAAGCUGCAGAUGCUGAACAGCAAACCUAACCCAGUGCUCGGUAAGGUGAUCGAGAUUGGCGACGUCGGGAUUGGGAUUCCCGAGCAGCAACGGCAAGGUCUGCCCUCUCCACGUUCCGGCGACGAAAUCUCACUGAACCACGCCCAGCAACAAGAAUGCUGUCGCGAGUUGGCUGAGAAGCUGGAGCGAAGUGAAGCGGGGAGGCGCAAGUUGCGGGCAGCUAUCGUCAUGCUCAAGGAGAAACUGGCAGAUGCUGACAGACUCCUGACUAUGAAUGCUGUAGCCCAGCAAGAACGUGCAGGCCAGAAAGGGCAAGCAGAGUCGAACUCACUGGAAAAGAUGGAAGUGGAGAUUCGGUCGCUGAAGGAGAAAGUCGAGAAAGAGAGAAUGGGACGAGAGCGUGCAGAGGUGGAGGUAAAGGUGUUUCGAGAGAAGGUGGAUAAGGAGAGGAAGCUGCGUGAGAGUGUGGAUGCAGAAGUGCGCUUUCUGAGGGGAAGUGUGGAGAGGGAGAAGAAGGCUGUAGAGAGUGCACUUGUAAAAGCCCAAAGUGAAAAAGACAGAGCAGCCAAGGCUGAACAACAUGCCGAGAUGAUAAACUCCAAGUUGUGUAAAAUGACAGAGAAGUUAGGUGCUGAAGGAGGGCUGACUGAUAUGGAACGGGAAAUUGAGAGGCUGGAAAAGAAGGAGAUGGAGGAGCGGAAGCUGCGGGAAGUUGCAGAGUCAGUGCUUCAAGGGGCGAAGGACGAGUUAGGCUGUGUGCAGCAGAGAUUUGAGGAGUCUGAGAAAAGAUUGGCGCAGCUGCAGCAGCAGCUCGAACAGAGUGAAGAGAAAGUUCAAGCUAUUGAAGUGGAACUUGAGCUAGCAUCACAGAGGGUUUCAGAGCUUGAACAAAUUGAAGAGCGGGAGGCGAAGGCAGUGGCAGAAACAAGGUCCAUCCGUGGGGAAUUGGAAAGAGCGAGAAGUCAAGUGAUUGAGCUCAAGGUUAAAGAUGAUGAACGUGAGAAGAGGAUAGUUCAACUUACCAGUGAACUUAAGGGUAUGGAGAUGAAAGCGGAGGAGUUAGCUAGGCAGGAGGAGGAGGUAGCGACGCAGUCAGCACACCUCAAAAAGCAAUUGCAGAUGUCAGAGGGCCGAAUCAGUGAACUUGAAGGUAUACUUAAAGAACAAAGCAGUCAUUUCGGCUCUGAGCUUGAACUGAAGGAAGAGCAUGAGGCGAAGGUAGUGGCCGAAGUCCAGUGUAUCCACGACGAAUUGCAGAGGUCGAGGAAACGAGUGAUUGGGCUUGAGGUCAAAGAUCAGGAGAAUGCAAAGCAGAUAUGUGAACUAGCCUUGGAACUAGAGAGCAUGCGAUUAAGAGCGGCGAACUCAGCCAGGCGUGAGAUUGAAGAACUGGACCGCUUGGCAUUCCUCAAAGAACAGGUGAAGAUUUCCACGGAGAGUAUUACUGGACUUGAAGAUAGGAUUAAGAAGCAAAGUAGAAAGUUGGAGGACUCAGCAAAGCGUGAGAAGGAAGCACUGGAUUGCUCGGCAUACUUCAAAGAACAGGUGAAGAUUUCGAUGGAGAGAAUUACUGAACUUGAAGACAGGAUUAAGAAGCAAAGUAGACAGUUGGAUGGACUGCAGAGGCGGUGGGAGGGAAGCGAGGAGAUGAUGUGCCGGGAAAUGGACUCUGAAGCAGGAGAAAGAGAUGCCACCAAGGCACAGCUAAGGCAUGCCAGAGGAGAAGAAAUCCUAUUAUCUAAUCAUCAAGGUUUGACAAAACCACAAGAUGAGAGUAGUGAGGAGAUGAAGGCAACAUCUAUGGUGGCAAUUGAAGCAACUUCGACAGAAACUGAACAAGUGACACAGGGGAAUGGUGGGGUGGGCAUACAAGGAGCUGCAGAGGCUCCUGUAAGAGCUGGCAGUUUACCUGAGGAAGGAAGCAAUCAUAACAUUGAGACCGAAGCGGCGAAGAGGAUCACAGUUGUUGUGCUAAGGCAAGAGGUGGGAGACGUUCUCGGUCAAGUAUGCUUUCCACCUGGAGGAGGACAACAUGUGGGGAAAAAUGAUGAGGAGCAGAAAACGGUUCUGGGCUUGGAAAUGCAUGUAUCUGCUGAAGAAAGUGAGCAGUGGUGUCAGGGGGAGGCUGCGGCACAGAGACAAGGGGCAGAAGCGGAUUGUUGUCAAGCAGACUGUUCAGAAGUCGAAGAGGUUAAUGGUGGCAUAGAAGAGCAACAAUUGGUGGCAUUUGGAGUUCACACAAUUGCUACAGGCGGCAAGCAAUUUAGCCAUGGACAGAAUGUGGCAGAAGGGAAAGGGUCAGCAGAAGCUUCCAGAGAAGGAAGCUGCCACAGUCAUGAAGAAGUUAGAGGCCGUGUGCAGUCAGAAGCUAUUGACGUUGAGGCCACAUGUGCUGCCACCAACGACAACCAUUAUGUGGAAAGUGGCUCAGAUAUGAGGCAUCAAGAAGGGCAGUUGCUUCGGCUUGAUUGUGAAAAAAAGGAGGUGGGCGUGUUUCAGGGAACUGCAGGUGAGGCGGGUGUGUUUCAGAGAUCUGCAGGUGACUGCAAGCUACUUGAAGUAACGAAUAUACUGCUUGAAUGCUCAGCUGGUGGAGGGGUUGAUGCGAGUUUGGAGGAGCCAUGGCCUGAGGGAAAUGGGAGUGUGGGAAGUAUGCAUGUUUUAAGCUCAGAAAGGCAGGGGGUAGCAUUUUCGGUUGCGCCGUGGGCUGUAAGCAAGAUGCCAGAAAUGGCGACUGAAGCACAGAAUGAUGAGGGACUCCAUGCGCAGAGGGAGAGGAUGAAGAAUGAAACAGUCGUUGAAUGUGAGGAUAGUAGUAGAGGAACUGGUGUGGUUGCAUCACACAGUGGCAGAAUGAUUGAGGAUGAACAUGAUGUCGGAAAGGGAAUUUGGAAAAUGGCUACCUUGGCAAAUGUUGGGUGCGAAGAGGGUGACAUGGUGAAUACUGUGCAUUCUAGGAAGGAGGCGCAUUCUGAAACUCAGGGUGUUGAAGUGGUAUCAGGAGAUGCAGGUGAUGCUGGAAUGCAGCCAGUGGGAGAUAUGGACUCUGGUGCAGCACUUGCAGGGACAAUGUCUGCUGUGAAGACUAGACUAGCUCGACUGGUGGAAGAAGAGGGUAGGAGGACUGAAGUUAGUGGCGAAUCUCAGUCUGAGUGUUUGAGAAAGGAGGACAAUGUGAAUGUGCAUGCCAAAAUGACGAGGGAAGGAACGGAAGGGGCUGGGUUGCUGACGAUGAGAACAGCAGCAGAGGGGCUCAAAUUCACAGUAUCAGAUAUCAAGGGCCCAAGAGAGGCAACUUCAGAUGAACAGGUUGGGGGGGAUGAUGGAAAGGAUACAAGAGAAAGGGAUGAUGUAAAGGCCUGUCUUGAACGAGAGAGGACAGUCAAGGAAGCUGCUGAAUCCCUAGGAGUUGAGAAUAUCCAGCUACCAGCACUUAAUGCACGGAGAUACAUCAUGUCAGUGGUGGACUGUGCUGUGACACGAAUGGAGGAAGCUGUAAGAUCUAUCACGGAUGCGCUGCGUGCCAAUCACGCCUGUCUUAUGGAGGCGAAGAACUUGGAUGAAUCAAAUAUGUGCUCAAAGACCAGCAGGCUUGCAGACGAAGUGGAUAUGCUAACUUCGGCUAUGAAGAACGACUUGCAGCGGCACAUUCUAGGAUUGCCAGAGAUGAGGAGCUGCUUACGAAUCGUGGACAGCAAGCUGAUGGCAUCGUCAGACGGGGGAAAAGGAUUGUUGAUGGUGGCUUGUGGUGCAGGCACAGGUUCCCCAGAACACAAGGAAAUGGUGGCAGCAGCGUCUAACCAAGGCAUGAGAGAUGAUGGUGGUGGAGCUCGAGUGAUGGAGGUUUGUCAGGUUAGGUCAGCUACGCAGAGUGAGAGUGAAACUCCAGUUGUGAUGACAGUGGGCCCUCCUGCUUUAUUGCUGCCAUCAAACCCUGGAGAAGCAAGCAUACCCAUUGUUAGAGAACCUAGUUGUUUGCCUGAUGUUCCCGAGAAAGGGAUCAUGAAGGCAAUGGAGGAAGGAGUUAUCUGUCACAGUGGUGUUGGAAGCGGUCAAGGAGAGGUGGAGAGACGGGAGGGUGGAAGUGCUAAACAGGAGGGUCGCCCUGGAGAUGUGUGUGCUGGUAGACUAAGUGCAGAGGCGGGAAGUGGGAGGGAGAGCCGUGUGGUAGAACAGAGGAUGAUGGUAGAAAAGAGAGCAUCAGGGGCUGGCUUAAGCGGGUUCAACACAUGCAGAGAGAGAGAUGAGACUGUCAGCCCCAGGGACAAGCUCUUGGAAGAUGUUCCAUGUACUGAAAAUGCAUGGAAUGCCAUGAAUAUGUCAGGACAUGGAGCAUUUGAAGGGAGGGAGGUUGGCCAAUGUCCAGGUCAAGUGGUGGGAAAGUUGGAGGCACUGUUGAGGAGAGAAAAGGAGAUCCAUGCAAGGGUUGAGCGGGAGAUUGCCUGCUUGAAGGCUCUCAUAAGAGGAGGACAAGCAAAGGGAUCCAGUAGCCAAGGCUGCACUGGGAUGCCUCGGGGUAAUCGCAACCGGGCUUCAAUGGGAGUAGAAGAUGGUACCACAGGGUACUGUGUUCUGGGGAGUGGUGUCGGAGAGUCUGAGAGCAGAGAGGGGGAAGAAGGCUGUUUCAGUGACAAGAAGUUGACAGGUGGAAGGUUGGUUCGUAGUCGCAAACGGCAAAAAAUGGGCAUAAGACAGGGUGUGGACCUACAGAGCAGUGACACGGAGGGAAGUACUUCGGAAAGGUCUUUGACAGACGAAGGCUUGAUGACAAGCGGUACUGGAGAGGUUUGGGCCAGCAGGCGAAAAAAGAAGCUGAGGAAACCAUUGGCAGCUGUAGCGGACAAGGCAGCAAGUGAUGAGAUUGACUGUGACAAUAGGAGCAAGGAAGGGGUGUUAGAUGAAAGAACAGCAGAGGUCUUUGGAACGGCGUCAGAAUGUGAUUUGGAUGUCAGUGAAAGUGAGGAGGAGGCUUUCUGGUGGAGGGAAGGAGCAGGCGCGGAGCUUCUUUCACCAACCUUGCCUACUGUCCAGCCGCCUGCCUCUGCACUGCGUAGGGAAAAAGUUUCAAUGAUACUUGGAAACCUGCAAUGUGCUGGGGAGACUUCAUCUUUGUCGUUGCCCACUAUGGCUGGUGGGAAGUGCAAGGAAAGUACACCAAUUGAUGUAGAUGGCCAGGAUAAGGGGACAGAUAAGCCUUGGAAUGUCAAUGAUGGGCUGCUUGAAGGCGCACGAGGAGGAGUGGAUUCCAUUGUUCCAACCACUGUUGCCCAUAGUGGUGGCGGUGUGCAGAAGGAGGAUCUGUCAGCAACAUCUGGAGGAUUCUUGUCUAACAAAGAUGGAGGGGCAGGUCAGAACAAAAGAAGUCUGGCGAACACAAGUGCAGUUGUGGUGCAGUCUUCGGUGAAAGGUGCAGAAAUAGGGGGAAGGAAAUGUUCUGCAAUUGAUCUGGAAGAGACAUCUGUGGUUCUUGAGGCACCUCGUUACACAGAGAGUACUGUACCUGGACUUGGUCAAUCUUCUAUUAGAACCUGUGAAGGUGGAGCCAGUGGUAAUAAUACUUCCUCGAAAUCACCGAGGCAAUCUCCGAUUAAGACAGAUUGUGGCAAGCGGGCAAGGGAGGAGAAUCAGCAAAAGUUAGAAGUAGGCCAGGUGGGUGGGUGGCAGGAAGGAGGUGGAGCGAGUACUGGAAAUGGUGUGGAAGCUUUCACAGAAGUUCCUGACAGAGGAACACAAUGUGGGCAGAAAGCAAGGUCUAGAGACAUCGUAUUGCGUGCUUCUAAGAGGCGAAGAGUUCUUGGCCAGCUGGGGAAGCAUAACAUUGCCUAUUGUAAUCUUAAAAGUGUGGUCUUAGACGAUGUGGGAGGGACUCGACAACCCUUUGAAGAGGAUGCAUGUCUUCCCGGUGGGCAGAGAAGAAUGGCAGUCAGAGUACAUGGUGAGGCAAUACUGGCGGAUGGUAAAGUGAUUGAAGAAAGACUGGGAGCAGUAGGGCGAGGUCUGGAAGGGCUGGCAGAAGGAGAGUGUGAGAAGGGUUUGGUGGUAGGAAGAGGAGGGCCGGGACAGAGGGGAGGCAGAGGAGGCAGAGAGAUAGGGUCGGAACAAGUGGAAGGAAGGGCACGAUGUGAAAAGCAACGAACAGCAAGGGGCAGACCACGGAAGACAGAAAUGGUCACGAGAGCACUGCAUGCUGACAUUGUUUAUCAGGAUGAAGUGGGUCUCAAAAGUGUAAACGAUGCACAAAGGCCACCAAUAUGUUUCCAGGGCACAAAUGCCCAAGAGCACGGUACUGCCAGGAUGCAUCUUUGUCAAUCGCAUCUGGAUAUUGACUUGGCCAGAGAAUCAUCUGCUGCCGGACUUGCAGAGUCUUCAUGCGUAGGGCAAGGUUUUAGUCAGACAAAAGACAGGAGGAUUGGGAUUGACACUAGCAAUCAACUGCCUGCUAUGGAAUGUGGGAGAACCAAAGAUAAUGCUGUACGUUGGUGGGAGUUGUUGAUGGAGGUCACACACUGUUCCAGAAUGAGACGAGGAUGUGGGUGCAGAUUUGCAAGGGAGGAACUGCGGGCCGCAGCUUCACCUGAUGAUGAUAAAGUGAAGCUUGCAUUUCUCUUUGAAAUGGGAGCGGUAUAUUUUUGCAAAAGAGAAUCCUAGCAUGGACGACUCAUUGUACGAUAUGACUUUGCGCCUCCUAAUCCGGCUCGAGAUUUUGGAGAUAUGAAUCUCGUCGUAGUUUAUGAGGCAAAUACAGUUAGAGAGGACAUUCUCGAGAUUAGAGGGAUGUUUCUUUAUAUUGUGCUAUGGCUAAAUGAUCAGCAAGGUCCAUUCAGUCUCCUUCAUCAUGCUCAGGAGGAGCAAUUCGCCGCCAUCCUGAGAGAGAGAAGGGAGAAAAAGGAGAAGAGGGAGCUCCUCAAGCAAGCGAAGCUGAAGGCGAUAGCUGAGGAGCUGACGGUGAAGAAGAAGAAAUUGGAGGAGGAAAUGAAGAGAUUACAACAAGAGGAGGAAGAAAAAAGGAGGGCUGCCAAAGAAGAAGCAGCAGCAGAGGAGGAAGAAGUAGAAGACGAACCCCUCGAAAGGAGGUGUGGGGGAGAGAGAGGAGAAACUAGUGGCACAAAGGCAGAGGACAAGUGGAUGGAAAAGAAGAUCAGUGAGUGGGUAGCUAAUUUAUCGCUGGGGGAAGAUGAGGAGGCAAUGUUGUUCGUGCCUCGGGAGGAAAAAGAAGCAUUCGCCAGGGAGCUAGAAGCUAAGGAGGACCCCCUGGAACGCCAGAUGAUGGAAGACGAGAAGAGAUUGGAGUGGAAGCUGCGUCUGGCAAGGGAAAGGAAGAGGAGGAGGGAUGAGGCCAACCGGAUGGCCAAAGAAGUGGAGAAGAUUCAGGUGUGCAGGCAGGAGGCCAACAUUGCGUAUGAUGCGUUAAGUAGAGAAGUGGUCCUGUUUGAGGCGAAGCCCAUGCCAAUUUCCACUUUCUGGCAUAAGGACUUAGACAAGGGAAAGAAGUGGAAAGGUCGUACCAUCUCAGGUCAGGUUAGGGCCAAGGAUCACAUGAUCCUUACUUUAGAUGAAGGUGGUACUGACAAAGUCCCCUACAGUCAGAUAGAGUGGGGGCUAGAGGAGGAGGACAGCGGUAUGGGCCAGGGGAGGACCUAUGCUACUGUCGCGGCUGGAGGGAGGCCGCAAGGUAGAGGAGGCCAAGGCCAAGGGGGCCAGGCCAUGGGUGGUCGAGGUUCAGGUACACAGGGGGUUGGCGGUCAAAGGAACCGCCAAGCGGGAGGUAGGGGUCAAGGUCCCUCGCCUAAUCGCUCAGGACCCAGUCGAUCGCCGCAGCGCCGAGGUGGAAGGUCACCUCAAAGGCAAGGAGGUUGGCACCCAGCCAAUCUGCUGCAGCGGUUUUGGUGGCCCACGACGAUGAGACAUGCCAAGCUGUACGUGGAGACUUGUCAGGUCUGUCAGAGAGACAAGCCCCUUACACAACCCCCUCUUGGGCUCCUCAAGCCCCUUCCGAUUCCGGAAAGGCCCGCUGAGAGCCUGUCUAUGGACUUCAUGGACACACUUGUCACCAGCAAGAGUGGAAUGAGACACAUCUUUGUUAUCGUGGAUAGGUUUAGUAAGUACGCUAGGCUAGUUGCAAUGCCGGAGACAGUGAAGACCGAGUAUGUGAUUAGACUCUUCAAAGAGAAUUGGGUCAAAGACUUUGGGCUCCCAAAGUCUAUUGUUAGUGACAGGGGUGUCCGAUUCACAAGUGAGUUCUGGAAGGCUGCAGCUGCAGAACAGGGAACACAAUUGCAGAUGACUUCUGGGAACCAUCCCGGGGCCAAUGGCCAAGCAGAGCAACUAAAUUGCGUUGUUCAACACUUGUUGCGGCAUUACAUCAAGCCCAAUCAGGUGGACUCGGAUGAGAAACUUGCUCUCAUCGCCAGCCUGUAUAACAAUGCUGUGCACAACGCAACUGGAGUCUGUCAGAGAGACAAGCCCCGUACACAGCCCCGUCUUGGGCUCCUCAAGCCCCUUCCGAUUUUGGAAAGGCCCGCUGAGAGCCUGUCUAUAGACUUCAUGGACACACUUGUCACCAGCACGAGUGGAAUGAGACACAUCUUUGUUAUCGUGGAUAGGUUUAGUAAGUACGCUAGGUUAGUUGCAAUGCUGGAGACAGCGAAGACCGAGUAUGUGAUUAGACUCUUCAAAGAGAACUGGGUCAGAGACUUUGCGCUCCCAAAGUCUAUUGUUAGUGACAGGGAUGUCCGAUUCACAAGUGAGUUGUGGAAGGCUGCAGCUGCAGAACAGGGAACACAGCUGCAGAUGACUUCUGGGAACCAUCCCGAGGCCAAUGGCCAAGCAGAGCAACUCAAUCGUGCUGUUCAACACUUGUUGCGGCAUUACAUCAAGCCCAAUCAGGUGGACUGGGAUGAGAAACUUGCUCUCAUCGCCAGCCUGUAUAACAAUGCUGUGCACAGCGCAACUGGAGACCCAGGUACCAACUUCAACACCGCGGGGCAUAUGACCACGUUGCCAACCGGAUGGAGAUCCUGGAAGAGGCAGAGGUCGGAUUGCGAUGUAUUCCUACAACUAAGGUACACUAGCAGGGUGAUGGAGCCACUCUCCAUUAGGAGGAUGAUCAACGAGAUCUUGGCGAGGAUAGUGGGGGAUGAAACGACGACGUGGCUAGAACGCGCCAUGAUCGGCUGGACAUGCAACACCAGUAUCGCGUCCAGAUUGUGCAGGCCUGCGGAGGUCUUCUGCGAUUUUGACAUAACGCAAUGGUUGGAGGCCUAUGAUCCGGAGCAGUGUUUAUGCAGAUCUCGCAGGUACACGGACAUGCGCAGCAACGCUUCGAUCAACCUACUCCAAUGCGAGGGACACACGCAUGUGAUCACGUUGGACUCAUCGAUCACGGACAAUCCCGUUCUCCAGGGUAUCAUCAACUCGGGACUGAACCAUAUCCCCUGUAUGACCCUGGACGUAGACGAGGCGGAGAUUGAAGUGGCCGGGUUCCUGGACAGGCUCAUGGCGACGAUACUAGAGUUCCGGGAACUCACGACGUCCACACAAUCAUUUUUACGGAGGAUAAUCCUUAAGAAGGCAAGGGCGAGGAUGACGAGGUACAAGGAGCAACACAGACACGUAACCGCGGAGCCAUUCGUGCAUCCGACCGUCAAGCGGGAACUGGAGUUCCUCACAGGCCGAUUUCUCAUCUGCCUGACGGAUAAAGCCCCGAACACUCCUGCCUUCGUCUGCAAGAACUUCAUCCGGAAAUUCAUAGGCUGCGCACAAGGACACAUUCCGUUGGAUCACGAACACGGUCGGGAUAGUCGUCUCUUCGACAGCAGAUCUGUGUGCGUGUCUGCUCCGGUUUCUUCUCCCCCUAGUACAAACAUUCUGUCAGGAGAGGAGUUGGAGGUGCAGGAGCAAUAUGGGGUAAGGCCGAACCUAUGGUGGUCGAUAGCCUCGGUAGGGGAGUUCUAUGCGAACCUAUCGGAGAAGAUCUUUUCCAUCUUCACGGCGAACAUCACCAGAUGUUUUGAAACGAUCCCCACAGACAGCUCGGGAGAUAGCCUGCCAGCGGCGGUGAAAUUCUACGUGCAAAGUGCGAUGCGAGUACGAAGGGAGAGGAGCUUGGCCCACAUCAUUCGAAUCAGGGUGGGGGAUGGUGGCAGGUUCUGGCCCUCCUGGGUGGAUGGCGAUCAGGCGGAAGGGAUGGAUUCGAUGCUGUUCAGGGAAGAGGAUGUUUACUGGCUCACUGAGUGGUGCAUCCCCAACAAUAUGCUACGUAUGGGGGACUAUGUGUGGAGGCAAGUCAGGGGUAUCCCCAUGGGCCUGGCCUGCUCCCCAAUUUGGUGCGAUAUAUACUUCUUCAAGUAUGAAUACCAUGCUAUGAUGAGGUUGGCGGAUACCGGAAAUGCGCAUCUGAUCCCGUACUUCUCGGACACCUUCAGAUAUAUCGACGACUUGGGCGCGAUCAACAACACCAUCAUCGGGAGCUUCAUGCGGAAGAGAGAGGACAGGGAGGAGAACGACCCUUGCUGGAUCUAUCCGGACGAAUACAUCGAGAUCAAGGAAAACACUGAAGUUGUCGUGGAUGGGUAUGGCCGAAGAGCCAACUUUCUUAGCGUGACCAUCGCAAUCACCUCUCCGGAAACGUGCGUGCACAUUACCUCCAGACAUGACAAGCGAGAAGGAGUGGGGUUUGCCCCAUGCAGAUUCAUGAAAUACAAGUCUAACAAGUGCCAAGAAAGCGUUGCAGAUUAUCACGGCCCAGGCAGUGGAGAUGCCUUCCUGGGAGAUGCACCUAAAGAUUCAUCAGAGAAGUCUGCGAAGCAGUUUGUGGACAAUGUGAACUCACCUUGGCUGCACAUGAUGGUUCAGAGGCUAAUAGCUUUGAUGUGCGGAGCUGUGGGUGUGUGGGGUGCUGGUGGAGAUGCCUUCCUGGGAGAUUCAUUGAAAGAUUCAUCAGAGAAGUCUGCAAAGCAGUUCGUGGACGAUGGUAACUCACCUUGGCUGCACAUGAUGGUUCAGCGGCUAAAAGCUUUGUCUAUAUACGGGCGACAGUUGCCGGCUUCGAUUGGGAGUUGGAAACCUUCAAAGGAGCUAAAAGAGGCAUUCCAAGGGGCUUUUGAUAACUGGGUGUCAAUCAAUGCUGAUGAAGAUGCGGGGUUUGGGAGAAUGAAGAAUCCUGAUAGGGACAGGAGCACGGGGUCUUGUCAUGACCUGUUGACAGAAAAGGAAUCAGUGUGGGUUUGUCAGGUGGUUGCAGAAAUUUACCUCAUGCAGCACCAAAUCGAGGCAAUGCGAGUAUUUGCUCAUGAUAUUCUGUGCCAAUGUGCCAAUCGACCGAGUUGGUGCCUUGCACUAAUCAGCCAGCUUUCAAGAAUGUGCCCAUCACUGCUUGGAUCAGCCAAGUCAACAGAUCUGCUAACAUGCACAGUCAGAAUCCUAUCUAGCCUGAUCUACGAUGCCGCCGAUGACGUCAACAGCUCCCCGAAGUACGAGCAGAUCUCGGACAAUGCCGUACGCUUCAAGCACCAGGUACCUCGAAGACGAAGCUGGAGCAACGGCACUGCAGCGUCGACAAACCUCGCAAUAGCGUGUAACGUCUCCGAGAAGGCCGGGCCACCAAAAUCGCUCGCGAAGUCGGCCAAUUGUGCGAUUGACUCCAAAGUGUCCGGUGGCGGGACAAUCGUGGAACUCGCCAAGAAGCCGUGUACGCAAGUGAGGGUCACUCGGUACGCAAAGAAGGUCCUUCCCCCGUGUGUGGACAAGCAAGUACCCCUCUUGGAUCCGGUAGUGAGAAGGCGCCGGAUUAGUAGAGGAGCAAUUCACGUACUUGUCGUGAAACUCUGGGUUGGCUUGGUAGCCGCGGAUGAAGCUGUCCCGCAUGUCGUUGUCGAUCUCGAAGGUUGAAUAGACUGCGGUACAAUGAUCCGGACGCCGUGAAAGAGCAUUCGCAAAA